CUUAAUUGUUUGGAAAUUACGGUAGUUUCAUUCCUGCCGUAAUUAACCAUCAAGAGGAUGAAAUAAUUUUCAUUUAUACCAGAAUGAGUUAUCCAAGAAUCAACAUUGGCACGCACGAGACAUAUUUAUUAAUCGUCCAGUGAUGUUUGAUGAAAAAAAAUUACCCGAAAUAGCUCUAACAUAUCUUAAAUAUGGCACAUCAUUACUGUGCACUUGGCCACCAAGUACUCGAGCAACAAAGUCGGAAAAAUUAUCUAUCGAUGCGAUGUGGUGGUUAUUGUGUAUAUUAGCAUGGUGCCUUGUACUCCCAGUGUUGUAUACCGCUUAUCUGACACGAGGAAAUUUCAUGGAAUUUACAAAAAACAUUUGUUUCGGAGCAUCAAUUGCCCAUGGCAUCAUCAAAAUGAUUAUUUGCAAAUAUCAGCGAAAAAAAUAUCAGAAAUUACUCGAGGAAAUUGAAAAUUAUUUAUUGCACGCAACUCCCCGAGAACGAGAGGUCCUAAAUGGUUGUGUCAAAAGAGCAGCGCCUGUUUACCUGUCAUUCAAUAUAACCGGAUUUGUAGCAGCAGCUUCAUAUGUCUGGGGACCCCUGGUUCUCGACCAAGAUUUACCAAUGGACGUUGUAUAUCCAUUUGAAAUACACUAUUACCCAGUUUUUCAAAUAGUCUAUACCUUCCAAGCAAUAUCAACAAUGCAAUGUGCCGCCGUUGGACCCCUCGAUGCUCAAGUAUGUAUGCUGUUUUGGUUUACUAUUGCCCGGCUGAAACUCCUUGCCCAUGACGUGAAGAGCAUAGCGAGUGUUGGUGAUCUCAAUGCUUGUGUUCGAGUACAUCAAAGUAUAUUGAGAUUUAAUGAGCAAGCCUGUGACGUUGCACGGCCCAUUAUUAUGACGACUCUCUUAAUGGCUACGCUCUCCAUCGCUUUUGGAGCAAUGCAUGUUAUCGGGCAUGAGCCCUUCGAAGUCAAAGCCCAGUUCGUGGGUCUUGACAUAGGAUAUGGCGCUCAGUUGUACUUAAGUGCUUGGGCAGCGGAAAAUUUAAUGACGGCGAUGGAGAACCUCAAGUGGGCUCUGUACGAUUCCUCUUGGUCAGAAAAUUCGAAAAGCCUCAGUCGAUCGUUUCUCUUCGUUCUACAGAAAUUAAAUAAAAUACCGACAGUCUCUGUUGGAGGUUUCAUACCGGAAUUGUCUCUCAAUUAUUAUGCCGUGUAUCUAUCAAAAACCAUGUCGUUCUUCACAACUCUUCGCAUAAUGCUCCAGAAAAUGGAAGAAGAAAAGCGAUAAAAUAACAAAGUUAAAUACUGUAGAAUUACUGCUCAACGAGCCAGUUCUCGAAGAUCAACACAAUACAGGACAUGACAAUU